AUGCCGAAUCCAACCGACAUUCUGAUCGAAAAACUUAAACUACAUUGUCUUCUUCGUGAAAGAGUGUUUGUCAAAUGGGAAGAUGAAUCGGGUCCCUGCACGCUGGGUUCUCGUCUGAGGCGCAAUGGGCAGAAUCUCGAAUUCUUCCUAGCGAUAUAUUACGAUGAGGAAGGACUUAUUCAUAUCCACUUUUCUCUCAAGAUAUCAAUCAUACUUGGAGGCAAUAAGGAGACAAUAGAGUUGUUAUUAGUUGUUCCCCCGGACGCCAGCUUUGCAGAGUCUAAGCCUCGUUUGAUAUCGGAUAUCGGCAAUUUAUCUCGUCUCGAUGCAUCUGCUAUUCAUGAUGCUGGUCUCAGUGACUCAGUACAUGUUAUCUGUUUACAGUUCGAUCUCAUCACAAAGGGAUUCAUUUUUUUUGAGGGGAAGAAUACUACAGCUAUCAAGCCUCGGAACUACACCUCAACAGAAUUGAUUUGUGGCCUUGAAUCUCUAUCUGACACAAAAUCCUUUGCGGUAUAUAUCAAGCCAAAUGAUUAUGCGCUGGUGGGCCUGAAAGAAGUUCGCAAUCGCUUGAAUAACACCCCUAACGACACGCACAAAACCGACAUGAAGGAGAUAUAUAAUCGUCAAGCACCUGAAUUAGUGGAAUGGAGUAAACUUGGCCCAGAAUCACUGCUACCGCCAUAUACCAAAAACGCUCAGCUAUUCCCGCAAGUUCAGGCUCUCCGGUCACCACCAAUCUCCGAACAGGAAACAUCGUCGGUCAAUAUUGUUGGGGCAGCAACUGCAGAAACACUACCUCGUCCUAACUCGGCAUUGGUGCAUGGCAAUGUCUCUCAUGACCGUGAAGAACUGCUGGAUAUUCCAGUGAAUCUGGAUGACAUCGAAAACGAUCCGAGAUGUAUCGAAAUGAACUUCGACGUGGACUCGGACGAGGAACAACUCGCCAAGGAACAGCUUGCUAAACUGGACUGUCGGGUAUUCAAUCAGCAACCCGAUUAUGAUUCCAAGAUAUCACAGGCUCUUAACUCGAGGCUGUUGCGAUGGAUACAAACAACAAUACGAAUAAACUCAAAUGUUCAUGAACACAAGCAUUUAAUUACCAAGUUGUCAGUUCUGGGUAAUUGCGUUCGUAUAUCAGACAUUAGGUUAUUUAAUGUAACUUUAUUCUGGUGCUCUGCCUUGUUUUUCUACGAUCCACUCGAUUCCGACCCUAACAACAAUCUCGGAUUAUGGAAGGAGACAAAUUCCUGGCUCAUUUCAGACAUAGCCAAGCUGAUUCGAUGGGCUAAUGAUAAUGGGGCCCAUGAUAAUAUCGAGCUAGCUCCGGCAUUGUUAAAGCAUUUUAUAGGGUUGGGUGAUGCUGCUCGUGCUGUUGCUCUAGAUAGUAGAUGUAACAAAGAAGAGUAUUAUGAUCAGAAAGGUGUCUGUAUUACUUGUGUGUUAACAGAGUUUAGUGAUAGCAAAGAGAACAACAAAUCUGUUUGUCGAAAACGGAAAAGCCUAGGAGCUCUGCUUCUAAGCUAA